CACUCUUUGGUGAUCAUAUUUAUGUUAAAUUAUUAUUACUUUAAAUACUAAUGAUGUAUAUAUCGGUAACUGACCAAGUGUGAGGUGAAGAUGGCUGGAUAUUGGCCAGUUCUUUUUAUGCGUGUUUACGGACCGAGCCUGGAGACCGAGACGGUCAAGUCACCCAAGUCACGCAAUCAUUCCUCCUCGUUGGGAAGGAGUGCGUGACGAGCCCAAACAAUGUCUGCGCAGGGGGUUCUGCUAAUGUAUGUGCUAGCGUGAUUCAGCACAAAUAAUCAUGGCGACUUUUCCUGUCUUUCAAGUGACAGAAGGCGAAUGGACAUCUGCAAAGUUCAUUGACAUUUUGGGUUUGAAAAUUCCUCCCAGUUUAACUUCCGAUCCCCAGUUGCUUUGCGACUUUAUCACGGAUUUCCAGACGAGACCGGAUGACGUUUUCGUGGUCACAUAUCCCAAGUCUGGGACAACUUGGGUUCAAGAAAUUGUCUGGCAGAUUUUCAACGACGGGCAAGUCACAAGUGACCAUAUUUUGCAAAGAGUUCCAUUCCUAGAAACAGCAACCAGUGCAAGAUUUCCCCAACCAAACUACAACACUUUGCCAAGUCCCCGCAUCGUGAAGACUCAUCUUCCCUACAAUCUUGUUCCUAAAAGUGCAAACGAGGACAGCAAGUGUAAAUAUAUUUACAUUGCUCGCAAUCCUAAAGAUGUCGCAGUCUCAUUUUUUAAAUUCGCGACAAGCGUUUUUGGACAUGAAUUUAAUGGGCCGUGGGAGUUUUAUGCCAGGUUAUUUGUUGAAGGAAAUGUAAGUUGGAACCUAUGGACUGACCAUGUUCUGGGAUGGUGGAAGCACAAAGAUGAUUCAAAUGUCUUGUUUCUUAAAUAUGAAGAUUUACAAAAGGAUCUACUUUCUCACGUCCAAAUGAUCGCCGACUUCCUUAACAAGCCGCUAUCAGAUGAUCUCAUCAGUCGCAUUGCUGAACAGUGUACGUUCAGUGGAAUGAAGAAAAAUGCUGCAAGUUACCAAGUUAAGAAAGCUGCUGAGGGCGAAAUAUCGCUGCUUCGGAAGGGCGCGGUCGGAGACUGGAAGAAUUACUUCACUCCAGAACUGAAUGAGAGAUUUGACAAGGAAGUGUUGGCAAAAUUGAAAGGAAGGGGAUUAGAGUUUGAUUUUGAGAUAUAGCAGAAGGAACGGUGAAAAUCGGAUUUGUAGUUAGUUUAGUUUAUUUGACAAUUUAUCAAAGUCAAAUAAAAGUUAUAAGAUAAAAUGACUGCAGGAGCCUAUGGGCUCCUGAUAACUGUUAGGAAUAUGAUCUGAGGGAACCGACAUUUUAAAACUACCAACAUCACAACAACAUCAAGGUCAACAUCACAACCUACGGAAUGGAAUCGUAGCGUUACCUAGCACCGAAACUGUGGAACCUGCUACCAGAGUCAUACAGAACUAUCAGAACUUUUAAAGCCUUUAAAAACAGUGCAAGGAAAAUUGACCUUUUGGGCCUCUUAUGGUGGCUCUAAACAGGUUCGUUAUAACCACUCUUUAUCACUUGAUGCUACAAUCAUGGUAUCAAAAACUGC